GAAUGCAGCGGAGAGAGACACCUAACCGGGUGUCACCGUCAACCCUGGAUGCUGCGCCGAAGAAUGGGAUACACCGACCCAUCGUCGGGUAAAGAUAUACUAGGCAAUAGAUCCCUUUGUUUUAUAUUUAUUUGCGCAUUUGGACUCGUCACACUAUUGCAACAAAUUCUCUACGGAAAAAACUACAUUAAGAGUGCGCAACAGUUUAGCCGACUCAAAGGGGACGAGACAGGAAAUUGGACCGGUCCCAUUAAUUUCUCGGAUGAUGGAUCUCUGAAGCCUGCCAGAAAUGGAAGGAAAAGGUAUCUGGAAAACUAUGAUGGCUCAUAUGAAUACAACUCCACUGCAUGCAGGGAGCUCAGGCAGGAGAUUAUGGACGUCAAAGUCUUGACAAUGGUGAAAACCUCAGAGCUGUUUGAGCGAUGGCGAAACCUGCAGGUGUGUAGAUGGGAGCAGAACAAGGAGGAGACCAGCAACUUCAAGAUGUCUCUGUCUCGCUGCUGUAAUGCUCCUUCCUUUCUCUUCACCACCAAGAGGAACACUCCUGCAGGGACCAAGCUGAGGUACGAGGUGGACACCAGUGGUAUUCUUCCCAUCACCAAUGAAGUCUUCAAUAUGUUCCAAGAUGACAUGCCGUAUUCCAAAUCCCAGUACAAGAAAUGUGCUGUUGUUGGAAAUGGCGGCAUCAUCAAGAACACCAAAUGUGGGAAGGAAAUUGACUCAGCAGAUUUUGUUUUUAGGUGCAACAUACCACCCAUCAAUGCGAAGUACUCAGCUGAUGUUGGCACUAAAACAGAUCUGGUGACAAUAAAUCCUAGCAUUAUUACUGAGAGAUUUCAGAAGCUGGAGAAAUGGCGACGACCGUUUUACGAAGUCCUUCAAAAUUACGAGAACUCCUCAGUGGUGCUUCCCGCCUUCUAUAACACUCGCAACACCGACGUCUCUUUUAGAGUCAAGUACAUGCUGGAUGACUUUGACUCCCAGAGAGGCGUGUUCUUCUUCCACCCGCAGUACCUGCUCAACGUGCAGCGUUUCUGGGCGGUGCAGGGUGUCCGGGCCAAACGGGUCAGCAGCGGCCUGAUGCUAGUGACCGCCGCCUUAGAGAUGUGCGAGGAAGUCCACCUCUACGGUUUCUGGGCGUUCCCCAUGAACCCCUCUGGCAUCUUCAUCACUCACCAUUACUAUGACAACGUCAAGCCACGGCCGGGCUUCCAUGCGAUGCCCCAUGAAAUUUUCAACUUCAUUCACAUGCAUACUCGUGGGAUCCUCAAUGUACACACGGGGCAGUGCACGUGAUCCCUCACUCCUCUGCUUUAAUGUGGUUAAACUUUUAGUUUUUUUUUAAUUUUCAAUCAGGUUUACAUGUUGUGUUUUAUUUCAGUCAAUGAGACUCAUCACAUUUCUCUCUAUUUAAAGAGUUGGCCUCAAGAGCUUACACUUAUUCCACAACACAGUGAAGGUUGCUUGCUUUACUUGCCAACACACUUUUUUUUAACAAUGUUUUUAUUGAUUUCAUACUUCUCUUUUUGAUGUGUACCUUAAUUUACUUAGCCAAUCAAAUCACAACGGUCAUCUCCGACUCUCCAACCAUAGGAUGCUUGUUUUUAAUGUGAAAAGUGGUCUUCAUAGUGAUGUUGUUUCUGUGAAGUUUUCUAGUGGCUCUGCUGUACAGAGGUGUUGUUUUCUACCCAAUGUUGCACAGAUAUUUAUGCUAAAAUGGUUCGCAGUGGGUGUUUUUUUGCCCCCUCAUUCCUCCUGUCUUCUCUCCUUAUCUUGGACACUCUGUGGGUGUGGCAGCUUUUAAUGUUUGUGUAAAACAAAACCUGAACCUUGAUAUUAAGCUAAUAUUUGAAAAAAGGAAAAAGAAAAAAGAUUGUAACAUUCAAUUGUCUACUUUUGUAAUCUAUUUCCUAUUCACCAGAUUCACUGGGUGAAUUUUUUAAAAACGCUAUAGAAACGGCAGUUUUCAGUGGCCUAGCUACUUUCUCCCAUCUAAAAAUGUCCUCUGAUAUAUCUGGUAAAAAAAAAGGGUGUAUGAGAAGAGGCGAGGAGGGUUUUUUCCCUUUUUUUUUGGCUUGUCAUGAUUUUGGACAUAAGCCAGAUAAAUAUUUUGAAAUGACACCACCUGAGCAAAACGUUGUUUUCAAGGCCGUCUUAUUUGUAAAGCAAAAUAGUACUCAUAGUACUGUUGAGCCACCCAACCUCUCGUGUCCUCUCAUGUCUUAAGCCAUGCUGCCUUAUGAGAUAUCAAACCCCUCUAUAUGAUAUGCAAUGCACAUGUGUUUUGCUUAUCUACAAAUACAUUAACAUCAAACUAAAUCUUAAUUUGUCUCUUGAAUCAAGGACAUUUGGGACUCUAAGGUAUAGAAAUUCAUGCGUGUUUCUUAUCUUAUAUUCUAUUGGAAUUAGCAAUGUUCUUGUAAAAUCUAUUCAUAAUCAUGUAACACUCUGCAUGACUUUACUCUAUGCUUGGCUUUGUGUGUGCCUGCUUCAAUGAUCACUGAAAUAUGUUUACACUUAAGCCUCAACUGGAGCUCACAGUGCUUUUGGAGAUAUGUAUACAAACCUUUUCACAGAAGAAAUGAAUGGGUACGUUGAAAUGUAUAAUAGUAGAUGCAGUUCUCAUUGAUUAAAGAUAAACACAUGAAGAUGGUUGCUGCCCUUUGUGAAGUGCUACAACACUUUUAUUACUAUUUCACCUUCCCCUUUGAACUGUGAAGAUUAAGUUUGCAAGCAUUGUGCAUUUAAGCACUGGAAAGCUGUGUAGGUUUUUAACGUUUAUUUAGUUGUACAUGACAAAAAC